GGGCCCGGAGCAAGAUGGCGCUGCGGCCGGGAGCGGGAGCUGGCGGCGGUGGGGCCGCGGGAGCCGGCGCUGGGGCUGCCGGGGGAGGCAGCUUCAUGUUCCCUGUUGCAGGUGGAAUGAGACCCCCUCAAGCAGGACUGAUGCCGAUGCAGCAGCAAGGAUUUCCUAUGGUCUCUGUCAUGCAGCCGAAUAUGCAGGGCAUGCUAGGAAUGAAUUAUAGUUCUCAAAUGUCCCAAGGACCUAUUGCCAUGCAGGCAGGGAUACCAAUGGGACCAAUGCCUUACCUGGGACAAACACCUUUCCUGGGAAUGCAUCCUCCGGGCCCACAGUAUACUCCAGACAUGCAGAAGCAGUUUGCUGAAGAGCAGCAAAAACGAUUUGAACAGCAACAGAAGCUCUUAGAAGAAGAAAGAAAAAGACGCCAGUUUGAAGAGCAGAAGCAAAAGCUCAGACUUCUGAGUAGUGUGAAACCUAAGACGGGAGAGAAGAGUAGAGAUGAUGCUUUGGAAGCCAUAAAAGGAAACUUGGAUGGAUUUUCCAGAGAUGCUAAGAUGCACCCUACUCCAGCAUCACACCCUAAGAAACCAGGCCCUUCCUUGGAGGAGAAGCUCCUAGUAUCUUGUGAUAUAAGUACGUCUGGGCAGGAACAAAUUAAAUUAAAUACUUCUGAAGUUGGGCACAAAGCCCUAGGCCCAGGUUCCAGUAAGAACCAUCCCAGUUUAACGACCAAAAACGGGGGUGCUGUAGAUGGACGUGUAAGUGGUACCACCACUGCAGAGGCAGAAAAGACUUCAGACCAAAACCUGUCCAUUGAAGAGAGUGGUGUGGGAGUAUUUCCCUCACAGGAUCCUGUUCAGCCCAGAAUGCCUCCUUGGAUUUACAAUGAGAGUUUGGUUCCAGAUGCUUAUAAGAAAAUUUUAGAAAUCACAGUGACUCCAACUGGAAUAGAUACUGCUAAACUUUAUCCCAUCCUGAUGUCAUCUGGACUUCCCAGGGAAACUCUUGGACAGAUAUGGGCCUUAGCUAAUCGAACUACACCCGGCAAACUUACUAAGGAAGAACUUUAUACUGUUCUCGCCAUGAUAGCAGUAACACAGAGGGGUGUUCCUGCCAUGAGUCCUGAUGCUUUAAACCAAUUUCCAGCCGCUCCUAUUCCAACUUUAAGUGGCUUUCCUAUGACUUUGCCUACUGCGGUGAGUCAGCCAACUGGGAUGUCUUCAGGCCCUGCAGGCUCCAUACCCCUCAACCUCGGACAGCCAGUCAUGGGCAUUAACCUUGUUGGACCAGUUGGGGGAGCUGCAGCCCAGGCUUCCAGUGGCUUCAUGCCAACUUACCCUGCAAAUCAGGUGGUAAAACCAGAAGAAGAUGACUUCCAGGAUUUUCAAGAUGCUUCUAAGUCAGGCUCCCUUGAUGACUCAUUCAGUGAUUUCCAAGAGUUGCCUGCUUCUUCAAAAACAAGUAAUUCCCAGCAUGGAAACAGUGCCCCUUCUUUGUUGAUGCCACUUCCUGGAACUAAAGCAUCAGCUUCAAUGGAUAAAUAUGCUGUGUUUAAAGGAAUUACAGCUGACAAGUCCUCUGAAAAUACUGUUCCAUUUGGAGAGCCUGGUGAUAAAUACAGUGCUUUCAGAGAACUUGAACAGACCGCAGAGAGUAAAUCUUCAGGAGAAAACUUUGCAGAAUUCCGAUCCGCAGGCACUGAUGACGGCUUCACCGAUUUUAAAACUGCCGACAGUCUAUCACCACUAGAACCACCAACAAAAGACCAAACUUUUCCAGCGGCCUUUCCCUCAGGAGCUAUACAACAGAAACAACAAACACAAGUGAAAAGUCCUCUGAACUUAGUAGACCUAGACAUGUUUUCCUCUGUUAACUGCAGCAGCGAGAAACCCUUGUCUUUUUCAGCUGCAUUUAGUGCAUCCAAAGCUGUUUCCACACGACUGCCACCAGCAGGAUCUGCUGCAGCCACGACAGCAUUGGCAUCAACGAAGAUGUCUAGUCUGGCUGAUGAUUUUGGAGAAUUCAACCUUUUUGGGGAAUAUUCUAGUCCAGCAUCUGUUGGGGAGCAGGAUGACUUUGCAGAUUUUAUGGCUUUCAGUAAUAGCUCUGUUUCAGCUGAGCAAAAGGCCGAUGACAAAUACGAUGUCCUUAAAGAGGAAGCUAGUCCUGUUCCUCUAACCGGCAGCUCGGGCAGUACAGUGAAGACUGGACAAAACUCAGCUGCUGCGUCUACCAAAUAUGAUGUCUUCAAACAACUUUCUCUGGAAGGAUCUGGACUAGGUGGUGAAGAACUGAAAGAUAACACUCCUUCAGGAAAAAGUGAUGAUGAUUUUGCUGACUUCCACUCCAGUAAAUUUUCUUCCAUGAACUCAGACAAAUCCCUGAGCGAGAAAUCAGUGGCUUUCAGACACACCAAAGAAGACUCUGCUUCGGUGAAGUCCUUGGAUCUCCCUUCCAUUGGCGGCAGCAGUGUUGGCAAGGAGGACUCUGAAGAUGCACUCUCUGUUCAGUUUGACAUGAAACUGGCUGAUGUGGGAGGAGAUCUUAAGCAUGUCAUGUCUGAUAGCUCUUUGGAUUUACCAACAGUUAGUGGCCAGCAUCCUCCUGCUGCAGAUAUAGAGGACUUAAAAUAUGCUGCUUUUGGAAACUACAGUAGCAAUUUUGCAGUGAGCACACUUACGAGCUAUGACUGGUCAGACAGGGAUGAUGCGUCUCAGGGCAGAAAACUCUCUCCAUUUGUCCUCUCAGCAGGAAGCGGGUCCUCCUCAGCUGCCUCAGUUCUUCAAAAGAAAGAGACUUCAUUUGGCAGUUCCGAAAACCUCACCAUGACCUCUCUCUCCAAAGUAACAACCUUCGCAAGUGAAGAUGCUCUUCCAGAGACCGCCUUCCCAGCUUUUGCCAAUUUUAAAGAUGUGAUUCCUCAGGCCAGUGAGCAAAAGGAAUAUGAAAGUGGGGAAUAUAAAGAUUUCACAAGACAGGACUUGCCAACAGCCGAAUGGAGCCAGGAGACCACCUGUCCGAGCCCAGCUUCCAGCAGCACUUCUCACGACACCCCCAAAGAGUGUUCAGAUGACUUUGGAGAGUUUCAAAGUGAAAAGCCCAAAAUCAGCAAAUUUGACUUUUUGGUGGCCAAUUCACAGAGCAAAAUGAAAUCCAGUGAAGAAAUGAUCAAAAGUGAGCUGGCGACCUUUGACCUUUCUGUUCAAGGAUCACACAAAAGGAGUUUGAGCCUUGGUGAUAAAGAAAUAAGCCGUUCUUCUCCCUCUCCGGCUUUGGAGCAGCCUUUUAGAGACCGUUCCAACACUCUUAGUGAGAAGCCGGCCCUGCCUGUCAUCCGUGACAAGUACAAAGAUCUGACAGGAGAGGUGGAGGAGAAUGAGAGAUAUGCAUACGAAUGGCAGAGAUGCCUGGGGAGUGCCCUAGAUGUCAUUAAGAAGGCAAAUGAUACUUUAAAUGGAAUCAGUAGUAGUUGUGUGUGCACAGAAGUAAUCCAGUCAGCUCAAGGCAUGGAGUAUUUAUUAGGUGUCGUUGAGGUGUACAGAGUGACCAAGCGCGUGGAGCUCGGGAUAAAAGCCACCGCAGUGUGCAGUGAGAAGCUCCAGCAGCUGCUGAAGGACAUCGAUAAAGUAUGGAAUAACCUCAUUGGCUUCAUGUCCCUGGCCACACUCACGCCCGAUGAAAAUUCCCUGGAUUUUUCCUCUUGUAUGCUGCGGCCUGGGAUUAAAAAUGCUCAGGAACUUGCCUGUGGCGUGUGCCUUUUAAACGUGGACUCCAGAAGCCGGAAAGAAGAGAAGCCUGCAGAAGAACACCCUAAAAAAGCGUUCAGCUCAGAGACAGACGGUUUCAAGCUGGCCUACGGGGGACACCAGUAUCACGCCAGCUGUGCCAACUUCUGGAUCAACUGUGUUGAACCAAAACCUCCCGGCCUCAUCCUGCCUGAUCUGCUCUGAAGAGCUCCUCGACAAAGUACCUACUGGGUGGUUGGGGGUUUUUCCCCUCACACCCCGUGAGGUGACAGGGAGCAAGAAACAGAAGGUUCGCCUCCAGAAGCUGUAUGAAGACUCCCCCCCCCAGCCACAGCAGGGAGGAGGAGCUGCUGGGACCCCAGGCCUUCCUACAGACGACCUUUGUCCCCUGCGGUCCCACUGCCGGCCUUGGGGGCUUGAGGUAAAAUAGCCCUGCCCAGACUGCACGUGGUACCAGAAGUUUGCUAACUUCUCUCUCGCUCUGGUAAGAUGUUUGAAAACGUGGACCACAGUUUUCUCUAAGGAAUGACUUGCUGCUGCAGGACUGAUACUGUGAAGAACUGAUGUUUGAAGAAAAAGCAGUUCCAGGACCGCAGCUGGCAAGCAUGUUUGGAGCCAGGGCUUCCUCCGAUCUAGAACACUGUCGGCCUGUGAAGUAGAAUGCACUUACCCACACUUAGUUUGUCGAUAUCUACAUGAAUAAAAAGGGGAAAUUGUG